UUGUUUUGCACCAGACGUCCCUGGGAUAGCCAGAGUAGCUGCUGAAGGUAGAACAGAUGAGCAUUAUUGUUGUCGGGAUGGCCAGGUGGAGUGUGUGGCGCAGCCCUGUGACGCUGCCCCUGUCCUGGAUAGAAGGGCUGACAACAGGUGUGCGCUGCAGCAGCAGUAUGCAGGUGGUCAGACAGACGUACUCAGAGAGCAGCAGCAUUGUCAGGCCUUUCAGUGACAUUCCUGGACUGUGGAAGAAUGGGGUGGCCAACUUGUACAAUUUCUGGAAACUGGAUGGCUUCAGAAACCUUCACCGCAUCAUGUUGCAGAACUUCAACACUUUUGGACCCAUUUACAGAGAAAAAAUAGGUUAUUAUGAAAGUGUAAAUAUCAUCAAUCCGGAAGAUGCUGCAAUCCUGUUCAAAGCGGAGGGCUAUUAUCCUAAAAGGUUGAAAGUUGAAGCCUGGACAUCAUACAGAGACUAUAGGAAUCGCAAAUAUGGAGUUUUACUAAAGAAUGGAGAAGAUUGGAGAUCAAACCGUGUUAUUCUCAACAAGGAGGUGAUUUCCCCAAAGGUGCUGGAAAACUUUGUGCCUUUGCUUGAUGAAGUUGGUGAGGAUUUUGUGGCCAGAGUUCACAAAAAGAUCAAGCGAAGUGGCCAGAACAAAUGGACCACUGACCUUUCUCAAGAACUCUUUAAAUAUGCACUUGAGUCGGUGAGCUCAGUGUUGUAUGGGGAGCGUCUGGGUUUGAUGCUGGACUACAUUGACCCUGAAGCUCAACAUUUCAUUGACUGCAUCACCCUCAUGUUCAAGACUACCUCACCCAUGCUCUAUAUACCUCCUGGUUUGUUGAGGCAGAUUGGAGCGAAGGUGUGGCGGGACCAUGUGGAGGCUUGGGAUGGGAUCUUCAACCAAGCGGACCGCUGCAUCCAUAACAUCUACAGGCAGUUACGUAAGGAGACUGGCACGCCAAAGAAAUACCCAGGAGUCCUGGCAAGCCUGCUUAUGCUGGACAAGCUGUCGAUUGAGGACAUCAAGGCCAGCAUCACUGAGCUAAUGGCUGGAGGAGUAGAUACGACUUCUAUAACGCUGCUGUGGACGUUGUAUGAACUAGCCAGACACCCCAGCCUCCAGGAGGAGCUGAGGGCGGAGGUGGCUACAGCCCGGGCUGAAAGCCAGGGAGACAUGCAGGAGAUGCUGAAAUGGAUUCCGUUGGUCAAAGGAGCUUUGAAAGAAACACUGAGGUUACACCCUGUUGCUGUGAGCUUGCAAAGAUACAUAGCAGAAGAUAUCAUUAUUCAAAACUACCACAUCCCAGCUGGGACUCUGGUCCAGUUAGGACUGUAUGCAAUGGGCAGAGACCCCAAAGUGUUUUUUCGUCCGGAGCAGUAUCAGCCCUCCCGUUGGCUGAGGACAGAAACGCACUACUUCAGGAGCCUGGGCUUCGGCUUCGGCCCCCGACAGUGUUUAGGACGAAGAAUCGCUGAGGCAGAGAUGCAAAUCUUCCUUAUACAUAUGCUUGAGAACUUCAGAGUGGAGAAACAGCGCCACAUGGAAGUGCAGAGUACCUUUGAGCUCAUUCUUUUACCAGAAAAGCCUAUAAUAUUGACUUUGAAACCUUUACAUACUAGUCGGUAACACUGAGUUUGAAAUUAAACUGUGGUGCAUGAAAAGUUAGGCUAAUUUCUAUAGCUCUAUAUUACAGUUGAUUGUAAAUGGCUUUACAAAGCACCACAAUAUAAAAAUUUAAUAAAAUCUUUCCACGUUGGAUGCUGAUUGAGAGCAAGAAAAAAAUAUUAGAAAGGAAAAACCUAUAACCUCAGUAAUUCCAUAACUACUGAACAGAGUAAUUGUAUGUACUGUAUGUUACUUAGUAAGUAAUUUGAGUAAUGAUGAAAAUGUGAAGUCUGUGUGUGUUUACGAUAUAUUAAAAAAUAUUGGAUCCA